UUAAAUUUAAGAACAGAGAAAAGAUAUAAAAAAAACAGAGAAAAGAAAAAUGAUAAGACUGAGGUUUCAACCAAGCACCGUCGGUGUUUUAUCGGCGUCAGUCAACCGCGCCUGGUUAACCAGACGUUACGGUACGAAUGAACCGGGAUCGACUCGUGGGUUUGGAACGUCGGCGAUGGCGGCGAGUCCUUUGGAAAUUUGCGUCAAAGCUUCCGUCACUACACCCAACAAGCUUGGUGACUGCCCUUUUUGCCAAAGGGUGUUGCUGACUAUGGAGGAGAAGCAUGUACCUUAUGACAUGAAAUUGGUGGAUUUGAUUAACAAGCCAGAGUGGUUCUUGAAAAUUAGUCCAGAUGGUAAAGUCCCUCUGGUAAAGUUUAAUGAGAAAUGGGUUCUGGAUUCGGAUGUUAUAACACAAUCUUUGGAAGAGAAGUACCCUGAGCCUCCUCUAACAACCCCACCAGAAAAGGCUUCAGUUGGGUCGAAGAUCUUCUCCACAUUUAUCGGCUUUCUCAAGAGCAAAGAUCAAGGAGAUGGCACUGAGCAAGCUUUAUUGAAUGAGCUUAGUACAUUCAACGAUUAUCUCAAAGAAAAUGGACCUUUCAUAAAUGGGGAGAAGAUUUCAGCAGUGGAUUUGUCCUUAGGACCAAAGUUACACCACAUGAAGAUCGCAUUGGGGCAUUACAAGGAUUGGUCUGUUCCAGAUUCACUUUCUUUCCUUAAAUCCUACAUGGAGAUGAUUUACAGAAUGUUUUCUCGAGGGAAUCAUUCGCGAAAACACAAGCUCAAGCAGAGGAUGUAAUUGCUGGUUGGAGACCGAAGGUGAUGGCCUGAUGGGUUGGAAAGUAAGAGAUGUAGAUGUUGGCCUCUUCUACUAAAUGUAAAAACAAGUAAUAAAUAAAACCUUCUUCAAAUGUUACCAAUAAAUUAAUAUCUCUGCUAACUA